AUGGAGUUGCAACAAGCAUCGUCAUCAAGCGGGGCUGGCUUACCACGAAAGACCGGUCAGAGAUCGAAGGUCUGGGACCACUUCUCCCAACCUGUGUCAAAGCAAGUCUUGUGCAAACAUUGCCAGGGCAAAUACAAAUAUACGGGUGGUACAACGAACUUGUCCAAUCAUCUGCUAACAUGCCAAAGUUACAAGGAGAAGAGGGAAAGUGAGAAAGGCAGCGAGCCGAGCGAGCGCAGCGCAGCGGCAGCAACACGUACCACGGUUGGGACAAAGCCAAUGGAAUCGUUUGCAGUAUCGCACUCGAAGAGAACUUGUAAUUCGGCCAGGUCAACUCAGAUUCGGGGGCUAAUCGCCGACUGGGUCACUGCUGAUAUGCGUCCUCUUGGGAUAGUAAACGAUCCUGGGUUCAGGCAAUUGCUGUCCUUCGUGGAACCUUCAUUCACCGUUCCCUCACGGACGACCAUCGCAUCCAUGGUGCGUCGGCGGCACGAUGCUGCACGAAAGGAGCUUGUGACAAAAUUAGCAGGUGCUACAUCAAUUGCUAUCACAACGGAUGCGUGGACAUCGAAGGCUGUGGUCUCCUUUGUAACGUACACGAGCCACUAUGUCACGGACGACUGGAAACUGGUGUCGCACGUUCUUGAGACCAAGCGCUUCAACGGGAGUCACACAGCGGAAAACCUUGCUGCCAGCACAGAAGCAGUUCUUAGCAGAUUCAACAUUGCGCAUGACACUGUGCAGUGCUUAGUCCAUGAUGAAGCACCAAACCAGAUGGCAGCCAGCAGACUUCUUCGCAGCCAACAUCACUGGGAUUACCAAGCUUGCGCUGCCCAUCGGUUGCAAACCUGCAUCAGGCAUGCUAUAACAGCAUCAAGGCCUGUCACGAAACUGCUGGCUUCUUCCAGGCAACUUGUUGGCCACUUCAGCCACAGUGCCAAGAGCACAGAGGCGCUCAACAAGAAGCAAGUAGCUAUGGCGUCAGGUAGCAAGUCUGGCACUCCUCUACGAGUCAUUCAGGAUGUUCCAACGCGAUGGAACAGCUCCUUUCUGAUGCUCCAGCGCCUGAUUCACCUGAGGCUGCCAAUCAUGGCGGUUUUGGAAGACCCCGAGCUGACCAAGAGCUCCCAUCGGCACCUGCAGUUGAAGGACCACCAGUGGAAUCUCGCCAAGGAGAUAGUGGCAGCACUGGAGGCACCAGCAAAGGCUACCACUGUUCUUGGUGGGGAAACCUACUGUACACAGACGUUGGUGGUGCCGGUGGCCAAGUCUUUGCUACGUGGUCUUCGUAUUGCGAAUGAAGAACUCUCGGCAUCGGCUGCGGAUUUCCGGAAAUCACUGGCGAUGGAAAUCGAGGUGAAGUUUUCCCUCGAUCCAUUUGACCCAAUCUCGCUGCCAUCUGUAUCUGCAGCACUGGAUCCCAGGUCACGGAGCCUCGGAUUCUUGGACAGUGACGAAGACAAGGACGAGUUGAAGUCAGAGAUUGUUCGCCGGGUGUGUGCUCAAAUCACUGCCGACAGUGAUGGGAGCAGCUCUGAUGACGAAUGUAUUCUGGAGCCACCUGCCAAGCGACCUAUGGAAGAGGACAUGUCGUUGUUCUUCACGUGCCCUAGCGUCGAGCCAUCCACAACUUCAUCGGCAGCAUCGGAUGGUGAGGUGGAGGUAACCCAAUUCUUCACGGAGAAACAAGUAGGCUCAUCUGUGGACCCACUCGAUUGGUGGAGGACGAAUGCGGACAGGUUUCCCACCAUGGCAAGGUUGGCAAAGCGCGUGCUGUGCAUACCUGCCACCUCUGUGCCGUCGGAGCGAGUAUUUUCAGCGGCUGGCAUCAUUGUCAGCAAACUACGAGCAAGUCUAACGCACGAGAACGUUGAUGCACUCGUCUUCCUUCAUGCAAACAGUGGUCUUCAGGCAGCAAGAACUGCUGCCCCUGUGGCGGUCCAGCAGUUGAUGCCACGGCUUGAGAGGUUUGCAGAGGAAGAAGCCGAUGACUUGCCUCCUUUGCCUGACCUGUAGACAGAUAGUUGCAGCCAGUGCGUAUCAUGAUGUUCCAUCAGUUCUUUCUUUCUUUAUUCAUUUAUUUAAUUAACUUCUGAGCAGCUGGCUGUUUGAACGCGUUUAGUCUCCUCAGUGGAGCUCAGAAUCACUGAUUGUGUGUACUUCUUUUAGUUUCAAUUUAUUUUUGACUAGUGGCUCUUGGUUGCCUUCUAGGGUUGGCUGUUGUGAGAAUUUCAC